AUGGCCGAAGUUUCGCACGCUACCGUUGCCGCCUUGCGCAAGACAUUGACCUCCGAAACAGAGCCCCUCGCUCGCAGAUUCCGCGCUCUAUUCUCUCUAAAGCAUGUCGCCUGCUUAAAUCCUCCUACCGAGCAAACCGUACCUGCUAUCGAAGCCAUAGCAGCGGCAUUCACAUCCCCCUCGGCGCUGUUGAAGCACGAACUGGCCUAUUGCCUGGGCCAAUCCAAGAAUGCCGAUGCGGUCCCUCAUUUGUUGCACGUGCUCAAAGACAAGGAAGAAGAUGCCAUGUGCCGACAUGAAGCUGCAGAGGCGCUGGGUGCACUAGGAUCCGAGGAUAGUCUGGCGCUGUUGAAGGAAUUGAGAGAUGAUAAGAAUGAACCGGAAGUGGUGAGGGAGACGUGCGAUAUUGCAGUUGAUAGGAUUCUGUGGGAGAUCUCAGAAGAGAGGAAGAAGGAGAAGAUCAGACCGAGUGACUUCGCAUCAAUCGACCCUGCACCGCCGCUUCCGCAAGUUGCUAAAGAGCCAUCUAUUCCUGAACUGGAAGGUACAUUGCUAGACACCAAACUUCCUCUCUUCAAAAGAUACCGUGCCAUGUUUGCCCUGCGAGACCUUGCCUCGCCACCAGACCUACCCACCGCCGUCCCUGCCAUCGAUGCCCUGUCCAAAGGAUUGAAAGACCCAUCCGCGCUGUUCCGUCACGAGGUUGCGUUUGUCUUCGGCCAGUUAUGCCAUCCUGCCUCCAUACCAAGCCUUACGGAAACAUUGAGUGACUUGAAUGAGAUGGGCAUGGUGCGUCAUGAGGCUGCAGAAGCCCUCGGAAGUCUCGGCGACGAAGAAGGCGUUGAAGAGACCCUGAAGAAGUUUUUGAACGAUCCAGAGCAAGUUGUGAGAGACAGCAUUAUUGUCGCACUUGACAUGGCCGAGUAUGAGAAAAAUGGAGACAAGGAGUAUGCCUUGCUGCCCGAGGCUACUGUGUCUGUUGCUUGA